AUCCCGUCUCGUUUCGUCUCGGUCUCGCACCUCUCACGACGGCACCACCCCAGCGCGGCGCGAGUGGAGACGCCGCUGCUCCGUGCUUCGCCGCGCCUACCUAACCCAAGACCUGCUAGACCUGAGUGGCUGAGUGUUCGUGUUCGGUCAAAACCCACCGCGCGAGCGCCUCCAGAGUCCAAACCCGCUACAAAUCUCGCGCUGCGCAUUCUCCCCGUACGAUACGGCGGCACGGCCCACGAGCCAGGCGGUGGCGGCAGCUAGCUAGCUGCGGAGUAGCACCAGCCACCGGAGGGAAGUGGGCGGCGCGAUGGGGGACGAGCCGGACGGGGAGGCGGAGGAGUACCUCUUCAAGGUGGUGAUCAUCGGCGACAGCGCGGUGGGGAAGAGCAACCUGCUGUCCCGCUACGCGCGCAACGAGUUCAACCCCCACUCCAAGGCCACCAUCGGGGUGGAGUUCCAGACGCAGAGCAUGGCCAUCGAAGGCAAGGAGGUCAAGGCCCAGAUCUGGGACACCGCCGGCCAGGAGCGCUUCCGCGCCGUCACCUCCGCCUACUACCGCGGCGCCUUCGGCGCGCUCCUCGUCUAUGACAUUACCCGCCGCUCCACCUUCGACAACGUCGGCCGCUGGCUCCAGGAGCUCAACACACAUUCGGACACGACGGUGGCCAAGAUGCUGGUGGGCAACAAGUGCGACCUGGGCGACAUCCGCCAGGUGCCCGUGGAGGAAGGCAAGGCGCUGGCCGAGGCCGAGGGCCUCUUCUUCAUGGAGACGUCGGCCCUGGACGCCACCAACGUGAGGACGGCCUUCGAGAUCGUGAUCAGGGAGAUCUACAGCAACGUGAGCCGCAAGGUCCUGAACUCGGACUCGUACAAGGCCGAGCUGUCCCUCAACAGGGUGAGCAUCGACGGCGACUCAAAAGACGAGCAGAAGCAGGGGAGCCGGUUCGGGUGCUGCUAGAAGUGGUUCGGGGGGUAGCGGUACAUUAUUGGAUCGGGUUGGAUUUGAACCGGAGAUGAUGCUUUUUCAUUUUUUUUGGGUGGCGGGUGGGGGCUUGCUUGUAAACUGUAAUACAAGGUUUGACUCUUUGUUUGCUGUUACGUUACACU